CGUACUCUCAACCCUCUCACGACACUUCCAAUUCCAAUCCCGCAGACAGAGCGGGAAGCACUAACAAUAUGGCACCCCUCAAUGUGUGCAUGGUCGGCACUGGCGAGUACACCACUGGCUUCGUGGGAGGUGGACAGUCUGGUAGCGACAAGAAGGUCGGCGUUGUUGGUCUCACACUCUUCGAUCUUCGCAGGCGCGGUAUUGUAGGCAAGCUGUCUAUGGUUGGUACAUCUGGCCAGAAAUUCCCUGCAAUUCGAGAGCAUCUACACAAGAACAUCACCCAAGCCUACAAUGGCCUUGAUACCGCCUUCGACUCCUUCCCUGCCAACGACCAACGCGACCCAGAGGCCUACAAAAGCGCCAUCGAUGCCCUAUCACCUGGCGAUGCGAUCACCAUCUUCACACCAGACCCCACACACUACCCGAUCGCCUUGUAUGCCAUCCGCAAAGGCAUCCACGUCAUGAUCACCAAACCCGCAGUCAAACAACUAAAAGAGCACCAACACCUCAUCGAAGAAAGCCGAAAACACAACGUAUUCGUCUACGUAGAACACCACAAACGUUUCGACCCCGCAUACGCCGACGCUCGAAACAAAGCCAUCAACGGCAACUUGGGCGAAUUCAACUACUUCUACUCAUACAUGUCGCAACCCAAAAGCCAACUCGAAACAUUCAAAGCCUGGGCCGGCAAAGAUUCCGAUAUCAGCUACUACCUCAACUCCCAUCAUAUCGACAUCUGCGAAUCUAUGGUCCCAUCAUAUCGUCCUGUCCGCGUCACGGGUUCGGCUUCGACGGGUAUUGCGACGGAUUUGGGUUGUGUGCCUGAGACGGAGGAUACGAUUACUUUGCUUGUGGAUUGGGAGAAGAAGGAUGGGAGUAAGAGACGUGCUACGGGGGUUUAUACUGCGAGUUGGACGGCACCGCAGAAGGCUGGUGUGCAUUCGAAUCAGUAUUUCCAUUAUAUGGCCUCCAAGGGUGAAGUUCGCGUGAAUCAGGCGAAGAGAGGGUAUGAUGUUACGGAGGAUGAGGGAGGUUUGACGUGGUACAACCCGUUCUACAUGAAGUAUGCUCCAGAUGAAGAAGGAAACUUCGCGGGUCAAUCCGGAUACGGCUACAUCUCAUUCGAGAAAUUCAUCAAUGGCAUCAAUGCAUUGAAAGAAGGCCGUGCCACGCUCGACGAUCUGGACAAGAGAGGUCUGCCCACAUUGAAGAAUACCAUCGCGACAGGCGCAAUUCUGGAAGCUGGACGCGUCAGCAUUGAUGAGAAGAGGCCCGUGGACAUUGUGGAGAAGGAUGGGGUUUGGGCUUUGCAGUAGACGUGAUAAAGAUCUGAUCAUUCUAGACUUGGGCAGGAUCGCUCAACGAUUCAGAUGAAUGGGAGGAGUACGUCUGCAUACAUAAAAGCUGGGAGAAUGCCUCACGAAACAGCAUCUCGGCAUGUAGCAGCAAAAUGCAGUGAAUACCGACUUGGUCACGCAAAAUAUCAGUCGGCC